AUGAGACACCAGCAAGUGAGCGUGGAUUACUGGGCGAUGUUGAAGUCCAUGAUGAUAUACGGAGUGCUAACCUUUCUUGGGUGGAUGAUGUUUAGGUUAUUUAAUGCUGUCUUCUCAUUGCCUCGACGAUUGCGAACCCAACAGCAAAAUAUACAAGAAACUUUACAAGAGUUUCAGAGACGGUAUCCAGACCUAAAUAUAACAGAGGAUGACCUGAAAAAUGCUGAAAAAGAAUUAGAAGAGUGGACUAAAGAGAUGGAACAGAAAACUAAAGAUGUCGACGGAAAUAAAAACACAGAAGCUGUAACAACACUAGAAACAACUGCAGCUAUAGAAGACAAGAAAACGAUUUAG